GAAAAUCAAGCCUUAUGUUUUUUCUUGAGUGAGUGAUUUGAUUUUUCCACAUCAGUCUUACUGUACCAGCUAAGGAGGUGCACCGAUGAAAGAUGUUGAUAUCCAGUGUAUUAAUUCUACUGCUAUGGUUUGUAAUGAAGACUGAUGCCUUGCCAAACAGCAGUUCGGGGGUUGAAAAAUCAACUUUGGAGUAUGAAUACAACAAGUAUCACCCUAUGUCUGAGAUUUAUGCCUGGAUUGAUCAAAUUGUUAAGGAAAAUACAGGAGUUGUGACUUCAUCAGUAUUUGGACGGACAUUUGAAGGCAGAAACAUGACCUAUUUGAAGAUUAGUGUGAAUCCUGAUGGCAAACAGAAGAAAGCCAUUUGGAUGGACUGUGGAAUCCAUGCCAGGGAGUGGAUUGCUCCUGCAGUCUGCCAAUGGUUUGUCAAAGAGAUUUUGAGAACUUUCAAAACCGAUAAGAAGCUCAACAAAAUGGUCCAAAACCUGGAUUUCUAUGUAAUGCCUGUAUUAAACAUUGAUGGCUAUGUAUUUUCAUGGACCAAUAAGACAACUCGUUUAUGGAGAAAAUCAAGAUCAGCUCCACCUGAUGACUGUGAUUGUUAUGGUGUUGACCUGAACCGCAAUUUUAACUUCCUGUGGGGCACGGUUGGAGUCUCAUUUAAUUGCUGUGCUUCUACUUAUCCUGGUUCAGCUGCAGUCUCAGAGACAGAGUCCCAGGCCCUAACCAAGUUUCUGUCAAAUAGGACAGAUGAAAUCCUCGGCUAUUUUACCAUUCACUCUUACAGUCAAAAGAUUCUGCUUCCAUAUGGGCAUCCAAAUGUUUCAGCACCAAACUACAAUGAACUGAUGAAGGUUGGCUUGGCUGCAGCUAAAGCCAUGAAGUCUGUACACGGGAUGGAGUAUGAAGUGGGAAACAGUGCAACUAUUCUUUAUCCAUUCUCUGGUAACUCUCAGGAUUGGGCUCGUUUGAUGGGAAUCCCAUUUUCCUUCACCUUUGAGCUGCGGGACAAAGGAACAUUUGCCUUUGAGCUUCCGGAGGACCAGAUCCAGCCUGUGUGUGAAGAGGUUUAUGUAGGGGUGUAUCACAUUAUUAAGUAUAUCCAUGACAAAACCUUUCAUAAUGCUGCAGAUUCGGGAGCAGUUUUAUGCAGCUUUAUGAUGUGGACCAUUAUGAUGUGUUCCUACAUUACUUUGACUACACUGCUGUAAACAGCCCAAUGCCUGACUUUAACAUUGAUAAAUAGGCUAUAUUUCAUUUAGGUGUUUGCCAAAAUGCAAACACUUACUGUACGUGCACAAUACAAGACAAAUUCAGUAUACAAGACACACUUUUAAAAAUAAAGGUGCUUAAAAGAUGCUUCACAGCGAUGCCAUACAAACCUUUUUUGGUUUCUGAAAGAA